AUGUCUUCUCACACUGGCGAGUCCACCGGCAGCGGCAUCAGGGGUGCCGCCAGCGCUGUGCAUGGUCUUGGAGAGACCAUCCGCGGUACCAUCAACACUGCAGCCGACAGCGCCGUUGGUAGCGAUCCCUCCAAGAACCAGGCGAUCAGGGAUCGCGGUGUUGACGAGAUCAACACGGGUCGCUACCACGGCACCGGUGCUGGUGUCACUCCCGCCGACACGGCUGCUGAGCGUCACAACCGCGCCGCCCAGGGCGAGUAUCCCAGCACAACAUCGACUGGCCUGGGCAGCAGCACUCACAACCCCACCACCACUACCCACAGCGGAGCCUACGACACUGCUGGCACCACCGGCUACGGCAACCCUCAGUCGACCAACGCUGGCCCACAUGGUUCGAAUAUCGCCAACAAGGCAGACCCUCGUGUAGACUCCGACCUUGAUAGCCACCGCAACACCGGCGCUGGCUACGGCAGCACUACCAGCGGCUAUGGCAACACCACCGGCACUGGAUAUGGCAACACUACCGGCACUGGAUACGGCAACGCCAGCAGCACUACGGGAUCGACUCAAUAUGAUGACCCCCGUUCCUCCAACCAUGGCCCUCACUCUUCGAACAUCGCCAACAAGGUCGACCCUCGUGUUGAUUCUGACUUCGACAACCGCGCUAGGACUGGCAACCAGACUGGUGCUGCUGCUGGCCCUCACAGCUCCAACCUUGCAAACAAGGCCGAUCCCCGUGUCGACUCUGACCGUGACCACCGCCGCGGCAGCGCUGCGACGGCUGGCCUGCAGCCUACUGGUGGUUUGAGCGGCGGCACCAGCCGUCAGGACCUCGAGGGCAUUAACCCCACCGAGAUCAAGGGUGGCUACACCACUGCUGAGACCACCACCGGCCACAGCGGCCAUGGCGGCAGCACUGGCCUCUCCGGCGUCCACGAGUCGCACGUUGGCAACAACCCCAGCUCCACCAACCAUGGCCCGCACAGCUCCAAGAUUGCCAACAAGCUUGACCCCCGCGUUGACUCGGACGCUGACAACCGCGCUCGCACCGGUAACCAAACUGGUGCUGCUGCUGGUCCGCACAGCUCCAACCUGGCCAACAAGGCUGACCCGCGUGUUGACUCCGACCUUGACAACCGCGCCCACCGUGGCACCGGCACUACUACCGACACUUACGGCUCUACCGGCUCCACUGGUGCCUACGGCUCGACCGGCUCGGCUGGCUACGGCAACACUUCGACCAACCACGGCACGCACGACUCCAACCUCGCCAACAAGGCCGAUCCGCGUUUCGACUCAGAUCUCGACAACCGUGCCCGCACCGGCAACCAAACCGGCGCUGCUGCCGGCCCGCACAGCUCGAACUUGGCCAACAAGGCUGACCCCCGCGUUGACUCUGACCGUGACAACCGUGCUGCCCACCACGGCACCACCACUGGUACCACUGGCACCGGCACCGGCUACACGGACACCACCUCCAAGCAUGCCAGGAGCGACAGUGCUACCCACACCGACGCUACUCACGACUCUCACCCCAGCCACGGCACCGGUCUCGUGGGUAAGGUGCUCGACAAGGUCGACCCUCGCGUCAAGAACGCUUAA